UUUGCCUCGGACCAUAGACCUGAUCCUAAGCCUAAGCUCUUGAUUGCUUAUGCUCAUGGUGUCAUACAGCUGAUGAAAAAUGAGAACGACGUCUCACCGAUCGUUGCUCGAUUCCCGCAAUUAACGAUGACUUGCGCUCGCUGGUGUCCAAAUGGUAAUUUCUUUGCUGUCACGGGACAACAACUCGAUAUGCCUUUACAGGAAAGCUUUGUUGUGCAUGUGGUUACAGCAUUUGGUGUGAAACUUUCCUCACUCAAAAUGCACACUUCAUCUCUAACCGGCUGUUCAUGGGAUCCAACUGGAGUGAAACUUGCUCUCUCUGCUGAAAAUUUGAUCUGGUUUGCGAAUGUUAGACCGAGAUACAAAUGGGGUUACUGUGGUCAUACUGUUGUUUACUCCUACGAGAGAGCAGAGCGUGGUGACUACAGAGUGGUAUUCUACGAAACAAAGCUUGACGAAUCAUAUUCAAAGCCGGUACGACAGUUGGAGCAACUGGCUACGGGAAAUGACUACUGUAUUAUAGCGAAUCGUCAGGAGGACUCUAUGGGAAAGUGUCUUCUACAACUAUGCAACAAUAUUGGCACCUGCAUCGACCUAAAGUACGUUGACAUCGAGCCCAACUGUAUUUCCCUGAACAACUGGGUAGCUGUGGUGGCUGGUGGAGAAUCCUACUUUAUCUGGCACUUCUUCGUCCCACAUAAAACCUCUUUGCCCAGACCAAGCGGGUCCGCGACUGAAGACAGAAUUCAUAAGUUAGAAGAUGCACCUGUUGGGAAGGACGCGAUAGGGAGAAGAAAGUACUGUGACUCCGGUUCCGUUUACAAAGUGUCGCUACACGACGGAAGUCUUCAACAACGUCUUAUCUUUAUACCAAACAUAACAAAAAUGGAGCUAAACACAUCGUGCAGAAAGCUAGCAGCUGUUGACACAGCCAAUCUUCUCCAAUUCUUUGAAGUUGGCGAGAAUGCUUUUGAUAAAAUUAGUGGCAUGGAUGUCAAAGAGGUUGCUGACUUCAAAUGGGAUGAAGAGCAAGACGAUUCAAUUGCAUACCUUUCCAAACAAAAGCUUGUUGUUUUGCGAGGGAAAGAAGCUGAGGAAGGGAUUUCAUGUGAAGGAUAUAUAUGUUCAUUCCGGGGUCUAGUGGUACGCACAGUUCUUCUCGACAACUUUCUUUUGCACAAAGCAAAAGCAGAUGGGAGGUUUAUAAUCGAUUUAGAAAUAAAGUCCUUGCGGGAUGCAAAACAACUACUGGAACGUCUAAAAAUUGAAGAAGCGACUGAAUUUAUAGGAAAAAAUCCGCAUCCACGUUUAUGGAGUCUUCUCGCUGAAGUUGCCCUGCUAAAAAUGGAUAUUCCAACAGCCGAGUAUGCUUACGCAAAAUUGCACGACUACAGUGGAUUACGUUUCUGCAAAAGAAUCGUCGAAAUUCAGGCAAAAUUGCACGACUACAGUGGAUUACGUUUCUGCAAAAGAAUCGUCGAAAUUCAGGAGCCGGAGUUGAAAAAAGCAGAAAUUUAUGUCCAUUUGGGAAGAAUAGCUGAUGCUGAGAAGAUUUACCUGGAUCAGGAUCGAAGGGAUUUGGCCAUCGCUAUGCACAAGCAAACGGAGGAAUGGUUGCGUGUACUACGACUGUCAACCACUAUUCAAGGUGCAUCAAGUGACAAAGCAAAGAUUGAAGCACUAGUAAAUGUGGCUGACUACCACAAGGAUAGACAGAGAUGGAAGGAAGCUGCUGACCAUUAUGCAUUAGCAAAAAAGCUGGAGCAACUUGUGGUCUGCUAUAUCCAUUUGGAUGACUUUGCUAGCCUCGAGAAUUUGGCCAGACAACUUCCUGAUAACCAUCCUCUUUUAGCAACUAUUGCUGAGUUAUUUGCAUCAUCGGGCCUUUGUGAGCAGGCAGUCCAAUGCUUCCUCAGAUGUGACCAGGUUGCAAACGCACUCCAGACUUGCGUACAGCUCAACAAUUGGGAUAAGGCAGUAUCGCUUUCUCGAACUCAUAGUCUUGAAGAUGUAAACGUCUUAAUGGGGAAAUAUCUCGAAGAACUCAACGAAAGCAGCGAGAGAUCCUUAGCUGCUGUCCAACUAUACAGAAGAGCUCGAAGGUAUUUGGAUGGGGCACGGAUUGUGUACAGGAUGGCGGAGGAGGAACGCAAGAAAGCAGCUCCGUGCCUUCGUCUGAAGAAAAUGUAUAUAUUAGCGGCGCUGCUUAUCGAAGAAUAUCAUCAGCACUACAAGGAACGGUUAUCAAAAGAGCAUGGUGAAGAGGAAUCCAAGGUGAUUUUUACAUAA